AUGCAAGAAUCAUUGGAAACCGCAGGUGGUGAGACAGUGUCUCCACCGCAGGAAUUAGUUAAUAAUCAACUGUUAACUAUUGAAGAAUAUCAACAGCGCUACGAUGAUAUAUACAGUGGAUUGGUAGAAGGAAUGGAAGAUGACUUAAAAGUUACUGGCAGGGACAGUGAUUAUAGUAUUGUCAAGGAUGAUGCAAUGAAAUGGGCAGGUACAGAAUUAAUGGAGGAUGGUGUGCUAUCACGCCAGGUCACAAGCUUAGUUGCUAAUAAUUCAGACUUAGGAUCUCGUAUUCUAUCCUUAUUAUUAGUAUGCACAGGCAAUUCUAAGGAGAUAAUUAAGCACAUCAAUGAGAAACAUAGCCAUGCGCCUGCGAUUUCACAUGGUAAAGGGCGGCUUGAUGAGGAAGCACACGGAGGGACUAAGGAUGACGAAGAGGAAUUCAGGAGGCUACAGGAGGAGCGGAGGCGCCGGAAUACGGAGGCGAGCGCUCGUUUUAGGAUUCGUAAGAAACUCCGAGAACAGGAGAGGUUAUCUAAACUUAAACAGCUGCAUACUGAAAUUUCAGGGAUGUACCGCCGAAUUGAUGAAUUAACGGAGGAGAAUCAAUAUUGGAAGCAGCGUUUAGAAAAGUUGAAUGAGAAGAAGUCAGCAGAAAUGCUAGAUAAUAUUAAGAAACGUAAUAAGCGUAUUGCUGAGGAAAAUAAUGCUGACAGCAACCAGGAUUGUAAUACAAUAUGUGCUAGUACGUAA